GGCUUUGUUCAUCUUAAUAAGAUACUUAACUUUCUAAUCUACCAUUGUAAACUGAUGUGAAUGAUAAAGAAUGGUUCAAAAACUAAACAGAAAAUUGAGAGUGCAAUCGAGAAAACCAAAAGAGGAUGAUGCUCAAAAGAAAACUAAAAAAGAAGAAGGAUACGCUUAUUAUUUAUGUGCAUUAUUGUGCCUUCUUGACCAUGUAGUUUGCCACAGAUUUCUAAUUCUUUGUAGAAAAGAGCAAAUCCAAAAACAAGAACAAAAAUGCUGCGUCUGUGUCCAGGCAGUUCUGCAUUUUUAGAAUGCUCGGAAAUUUUAGUCCAUUCUGUUUCUUUGUUAUGGCUUUCUUAGAUGGGACCAAACGUGGAUUUUAUAGUCCAAAUAGCAAUGUCAGCCAAACCAACAGUUUGACAAUGAACAGUCUUGUGAAUAAAAUGAAUAGCAACUUCAAGCCGUUAGGGACUCCAGGAUUCCAAGGUCCGAUCAAUAGUUCGAACAAUAUUAACGAUGAGCAUGACCUCCUUGACCCAUACGGAUCAAAUUUAAAACCCAUUUUCAAAAGCAAAUUGUUUACAGGCGACAAGCUGCUUUUAUUGUGUGAAGAAAAAGUUUUUACCAAAGCCUCCUGAGUAUUGAAACCCGGGAGUCCAAGAAAUAUUCAUGGCUCUGAACCUUGCCAGGACUCACCCAAAGAUGUUUUGAUCCUCUCUGAGUUGGAGUCAAGGUACACUGACGAUGAGCACACUUGUAUCAGUGAUGCCAAGAUUAAGACCAUCGAAGGUGUUUCUGCUCUUGAGCAAUCCAUUGAGAACUUUCAACAACGAGAACCAGUGAUGCCUUUAGAGUGGAACAAAGAUUUGACUGAAGCUACCAAAGACCAUGUCAAAGGCAUUGGCACCAACGGACUUCUGAGUCAUGAAAGCUCUUCAGGCCUUGGAAUCUAUGACCGAAUCUUCAUGAGCAACGAUAACCAAGCAGUGGGGAUGUGGGCAGAAAACAUUGUGUUCGAGGUCAGUGAUCCAGUCGAGAUUGUCGCUCUCAUGCUUAUCGACGAUGGAGACUCUACACCAAUUAAGUGGCAGAAUUAAGAGAAAUGAUGUAUGAAAGCCAGAAGGGAUAGCGCUCUGGACCCUGCUCACCAAAUUGUUAAGAUAUCAUUCGGCAGCCAUAUGUUCAAAGGCUACGUAACAGUGUGAGACUUCUGCAGAGAAUACAUAGAUGAAUACAAGAUGUUUGAGAUGAAGAUGGGCAUUUACGAUUACCAGAAGGAAGAACAAGACGAUUAAAAUUAACCUACUCAAUAUCU